AUGGAGGCUUUAGCAAUGGCAGGAGUGGAUUAUCAAGAAUGGGGACUUAGUAUUGAUGAAUGGGAGCUUCAAGAAUCUUUAGUACCGCCCCAUUUGCUUGCUGAUGAUUCUGACGAAGAAGAAGAAGAAGAAGAUCAUCGUCGAUACAACGAUGAUUCUGAAGUAGAAGAUCAUCUUCGAGAUGACGAUGAUGAUAGAGUUUUAGAUGGCUUGGCAGUUAAACAAGUUGUCCCUUGUGACAUUAGAGCUUCGGUUGAGAAAUUGAUUGAGAAAUCUGUCUCAUCUAUGAUUGUUCCCUUCAAACAGCUUAAGUUCUUAACACUUCUUGUUGAGAACUUUUUAUUUAAUUCAGCCAUGUUCUUUAUUUUCUUUUGUAACAUAUCGUUUUAA